AUGGUCGACCCAUCUGUCUCUCAAGAAGUGGUAGAGAGUAUUUAUCGCGCUAUUAAACGGGUAGAGGAAACGCCCAAUUGUUCACGUGUGAGGGAGUAUAUUGACUUUGUUUUCAAACGGAUCGACGAGUUAACGUGGAGCGAGUUUGAGUACCUCAUCAAUUUGUUAUUUAUACACGAAAGUUGUCCGGCAUUCUCACUGAAAUUCCCUAAGAUUUCGGAUUCCCAAAGUUACAAAGAGUUUUUUGGUACACUCGGCGACGAGAGCAAAAAGUACUUUGAAAAGAAGAUCUCCCUUUUGCCACUAUCGACCCCGUUAUAUGUCCUCGACGCGAUGCUUUCUGAUGAGGAGAAAAGUCCACAGUGGGAUGGGUUAAUACAAAAAGUUGCUGUCGACACCCUUCCAACUCAGAAGUGUUAUCUAUUUAUUGACUACUUGGGGAAGUGUCUGAAUACCAAAAUCGAUAAGUUGCCUUCCUCUGUGACGAAAACACAAGAAAUCAUUGAAAAGAAAAUGAACCCUAAGGUUGCUAUCACCGAAAUUUUCAAACAAAAUUCGAAGUGUUUAAUUGGGAUGUUUGCAUCAAAAAAGGACACAGAAGACCAAACAACCGAAAUGCAAAUUGAAGGGAAAAGAGAGAGAAAAAUUACACUCAUCAAAAUGGACUUCGAGACCAUCGCAAAGGGAUUUUCAGACACAACAAGCGACAAAACAAACACCAGAGAGAAUCUCGAAUACACCGAACAUAACGCACAAAAGGGUAGACCUGCAAAAGGAGAGUCAAGAUCUUCCCAAAAUCGCUUCCGACCAUUUUCAAAAACAGACGUACCUUACUCAUCAAUUCCUAUAGGAACACUUCCUCCUGUAAGAGUACCCGAGUUAACGUCGGGGUUUGAAAAUCCGGUACCAAAUUAUGGGCGACCUGGAAAUAAUCCACCAUGGAUGGGAGACGUCGACGUUACACGAUCUAUUGGAGUGUACGAAAAUCAAAACACUGAUGCGUUCAAUGCCCGAUUCCAACGAAUUCAACACAUUAUGAAAACAAAGGAUGUCACUUUAAUGGAUAUUCCUGCCGAUGUUAUAGACGUUUCAACUCAUCAACCCGACAUCUCUGAUGUGUUCAAAUGA